AUGAAAAAGAGAAUCACUUUCAUUCAUGAUGGGGAAGGGAAAUUCGAUCCGAAGCAAGUCAUCCUGCGGAAUGAUUCGCUCACUGUCCAAUCCCUACAUGCAGCCCUCCAGGAAAAAUACACAUUCACCUUCAAUGAGCUUCCCCAGGAGACCUCGUUUAUAUUGGCACCAAUGCUCGCUAGAAGGUUUACUUCCAAUCCACCAGUCCAAUUCCACCAGCUAGUCCCUUCUCUUGACGAAUUUGUCACCUACGUCCAACACAAGAUCUGCUCGCUGCGGGGAGACGAACAUAAAAUCACCUGUCAAUCGCACGUAAACUCGUUUCUUUCUGCGGAUUCUCUAGAUAUCGACUACGACAGCAUCUCGCAGACGCUUACAGUAGCGGCCUACUGGUCCAAACCUCCGCAGAAAGGUGGAUGGACAGAAACAAUCGAAAAACGCGAGACAGCCACGGACCAGGUAGAAGUGGGCAUUUUGGCAUUAGAACGGGCCAUAAAACCGGAAGACCUCUCCGUGGGUGGAUUCCUAGCCGUCCUAGGUGAGGAUCAGUCAUUAAAACCAGCACUCUUUUCCUUUCCAUCCCGCCAUCACCCCCUCCUGUACUCCUCAAAAUACACCAUCUCCUUCCGACACCCCACAGGACUCCACCCAACCCUCCAGAUCUCAAUCCCGCGCUCCUCCCUCUCAGAGCCACCCCCGCGUGCGCCCCCAGACUCCGAAUGCUCCCUACACACCUACUUAACGCUUCCAUCCUCCCUCUUCGCCGACAAAUACCAACUAUCCACCACUGACCCGCUCUUCCUGCAAUCCCAUAACCUCCUCUCCCUCCGCGCCAUUGCUGGAGAAACAGACCUCGAAGCUCCAGACUGGGUAACAGAUCGCUGGGGUUCAAGCUUGCUUCUUGAACUCGCCACGCCUUUAUCACGUCCGUCGCGUAAACAUAAAACCACGUACGUAAACGGAAACCACAACGACGACGACAACGACGACUACGACGAAGAUGACUGGCAAAUAACCAUACCCCUACACCUGCGCUAUCUGCAUCCUUCACCUAGCGGCUACAGGAACAUUAGCGUCCCCUGGCCGGUGGUCUUCUGGGCAUGUGCACCUGAAGACGGAGGAGAAGGUGAAACGGCGGGCGGAGGAAAGACGAUGGGAAUCAACCCGUUCGACAGAGUAGGGCUAGGGUGGGAUGCGUUGUUUGUGCCUGGGACGCUGUUUUACCAAUUACAUCCCGAUACAGCUGCGUUUGCGACAGGUGUGGAUGCGCAUGCGGGUGUGGAGCAGAGGGGUAUGAUGGUUGAGAAGAUACAGGUGCCAGUUUUGAAAAUUGGGGACGGUGGUGGACUUUUUGAGGAUGUGCAUAGUAUUGAGAUUGUGACUUUGAUCGUUGUUUGUUUUGGGUUUUUGUGGGUGUUUCGGAGUUUGGGUGAGGUUGUGAAGAAGAGCGGGCUUGGGAGAGGGGUUGAGAGACGAGAUUUAAAGGGGAGGGAGAAGAGGGAAUGA